CGAAAGUUCCGUCUCCCACUGUCCAUCAGUCCGGUGGCUGUGCCUGAGCGGCGUCUGAAUGGUAGCAGCAAUGUCAGCAGUCUGAGUGGAGACUCGGGCGGGGUAGACUAUGCAACGGCACAGUCUACCAAGCCCGUAAAUAUCUUUCCCACCGUUCCCGGCAUCUCCUUUACGGAGCAUCACCUCUUUCAAAUCGGUUUCUCCGAGGAUCCCAUCUAUCACCGUCUGGCGGCCAGUCAUCGUAAUCGUACCACCAACUUCCUCUCCACCGCGCAUCCCCGCGAAUCUCUGAGUUACCUGCUACGCUACCUCAAAAAUGUGACUAACGAGCCCAGACCACCAAUCAGCUCAAAAUUCCUGGAAUCCUGUCGCACUGCUCCACCUCAGAACUCUGCACAGAACUUUGAGAUCUCUUCAGCUCUCGCAAAGGCUAUCUACAAGGAAACCGGCAGGGAUCCGCGGGUUGGACCAGACUGUAAUUUCACACCGGAUCAAGUUGAUCAGGUGUACGAGGAAUUGGAUGACCUCUACUUCUUCACGCGGAAUGGUUAUUUCCCCCCUAAAAAUCGUCAACGACGUGCCCAAGGCAACACCCUGCGAAAUUUAGCCUCCUGCGAGUCUCCGUCCGACGCCUGCGCUGUGGGCCAACGCACGUUAUUGAGUAAAGUGCCGACUGGCAGUCCUCUGACACCGAAUCAUCUUUCAACGGGUGGUCAGCGACAGAUGCCGAUUGCGGAGCAGCUGUUGGCUGCCAGCCUCAACAUCUCGACCUCUAAGUAG